AGGCAGGGUCAGCGUGGCAAUUAAUGCACCGAUAUCCACUUGCCACUGCCCCGCGCCCCGGGUCGUUUGGCCCACCCAAUUUACUCCCCCACGACUACUCUUCCCCUCCAACCUCCCCUGCCCUCAACUACUCCGUACUAAUUAAUUGCAUCGCACCACCAUAGGCCAUAUCAGAGCCCCAGUCCCCCAGGAAAGAAGAAAAAACCCCAAUCUGCGCACUCUCAUCUCUAUUCUUCCCCUUCGCUCAUCACCUGCGCCUCCUGGUCCCUUCUCCUCUCUCUCCCUCUCUCGCCCAUACCAUAAAUCGCUUCGCCUAUUGCACUAAACUGGAGAGUUGGGAGAGGGGGACCUAUGGCGAGAGUCUAACACCCUCCAUGCUUCAGGCCCCUCCAAGAAGAUCGACAAGGGCGAAGUAGCAUCUUGCAGUACGAAGACCUGUGUUGGGAGUUGGGAUAGCUGUUCCAUCGGAUGAAUGGCCUCAUCGGCCGCAUCCUGCUGUACAUCUAAAGAAUUAUAGAAGUAUGUGUAUAAUAGCUUAGAAGAUCUUGAUUUGGAAAGAAGAAACCCCUUCCAGGCCUGUUGCGGUCACCUGCCUCGGCUUGAGGAGGAGGGGGGGAGCAGGAGUAGGCUCCGUCCGACGACUUACUUUAGAUUGUUCCUUCCCUCAUUUUCACACGAGGAGGGGGAGCUCUUUUUUCCCCUGCGAAAUUACUCGUCUACUUUGCGACGGUGACUGCCCGUUUACCUGUUUCCCUCCGUCAUCACUCGAAUCAACAGGUCUGGGGAUGAGCAUGGAGAUCCAACUACCACCUGUCCUCUUCCGUUCUAUGGUCAUCGUCAUUUGGUCGGCCAUCGCCCUGCUUUUGAAAUCUUGCAGCUGCAGCACUCAGAGUCGUCGGAUAGCACCCGGAUUUGAGGGCUCCGAGAUGAAUUGGAUCGACCACGAUGGGCUCUUCUUGCUCUCCAACGGCUCCAAUUUCGCAUUCGGCUUCACCACUUAUAGCUCGCAGGACACCACGUCCUUUCUUCUGGCGGUGAUCCACCAGGGCAGCUCCACCAUCGUGUGGACUGCCAAUCGAGAUUCGCCUGUCACCUCCUCCGACAACUUUGUCUUCGAUAAAGAUGGGAAUGCGUAUCUCGAAUCUGGCGGCACCACCAUCUGGUCCACCAACACAUCCGGCAAAGGAGCCACCUCCAUGCUGCUGCAGGAUUCCGGGAACCUGGUGGUGCUCGGCAGCGUUAUUUCGGCGCCGCCUUUGUGGCAGAGUUUCAGUCAUCCGACGGACACCCUCCUGUCCGGUCAGAGCUUUGCUGACGGCAUGACGCUGGUGAGCAAGCCCAACAGCAACAACCUUAGCUAUCGUCUCCGUAUUUACUCGGGGGACAUGAUCCUGUAUGCAGAUUUUCGACCACCGCAGCCAUACUGGUCGUUGCGGCAGGAGAACAGGAAAGUCAUCAACAAGAUAGGCGGUGACAUAUAUUCCGCAACCCUCAUUUCGAAUUCAUGGAAUUUCUAUGAUCGAAAGCGGUCUCUGCUGUGGCAGUUCGUCAUUGCUUCGGACAGCGUCAAUGCCAACGGCACAUGGGCUGCUGUGCUGGGUGAAGAUGGAUUCAUUUCAUUCUACAGCCUGGACCAUGAAGGAUCGGGCACUCCAUCGACAAAGAUACCCCAACGUUCGUGUGAUACACCUGAACCUUGCGGUCCGUAUUAUAUUUGUGAUAGUGGCAGCCGGUGCCAGUGCCCUUCCAUCCUUAACCCGGCCUCCAACUGCAAUCCCGACAUCAUCUCUCCUUGUAGCUCAGAAACUGCAUUCACGCUAGCAAAGCUCGAUGAUGGGGUUGUGUAUUUUGCCACUCGUUUUAUCUCACCUAAUGCUAGGUCAGAUCUGACAGGAUGCAAAGAUGAAUGCAUGGGUAACUGCUCGUGCGUCGCGUUGUUCUAUGAUUCUGGUUCGGGUGACUGCUUUCUGUUUAAUCAGAUAGGCAGCCUGCGGCAGUCAGUCGGCAACGUGACUGGUUUUGUAUCGUUCGUCAAGGUCGCAGGUGAUGGAGGUGACAGUCCAAGUCCAGAGCAGGAGGGUGGUGGGAGCAGUGGCAGGAAGCAUUCCACAAUUGUUGUCAUUAUCUGUCUUGGGACGGCAGCUGUGAUAGCAGUUCUCAUUUAUUUUGCCAUAAGAAUUCAUCAGAGAAAGAGAUUACCUGAACCAUCACAAGGUUCCUCAGAGGAAGAUAAUUUCUUGGAGAGUAUAACUGGAAUGCCAGUCCGUUUCAGUUACAGAGAGCUUCAAGAAGCUACAGAUAAUUUCUCUAUUAAGCUUGGGCAAGGGGGCUUUGGCUCUGUCUAUCAGGGAAAGCUUCCGGAUGGUUCUCAAGUCGCGGUGAAGAAAUUGGAGGGCAUAGGUCAGGGAAGGAAAGAGUUCCGCUCUGAAGUGGCCAUAAUUGGCAGUAUCCACCAUUUCCAUCUGGUCAGGCUCCGAGGUUUCUGUGCAGAGGGUAUGCACCGGCUUCUUGCAUAUGAAUACAUGGCGAAAGGGUCACUGGAUAGAUGGAUCUUCCAGAAUAAUGAUGAAGGAUGUCAGCUGGACUGGGAUAAGAGGUACAAUAUUGCUUUGGGCACGGCCAAGGGGUUGGCCUACCUCCAUGAGGAUUGUGAUUCAAAGAUAAUUCAUUGUGACAUUAAGCCUGAAAAUGUGCUUCUCGAUGAGAAUUAUGUUGCCAAGGUAUCAGAUUUUGGGCUUGCAAAACUUAUGACCAGAGAACAGAGCCAUGUUUUCACAACGCUUAGAGGCACUAGGGGGUACCUUGCACCAGAAUGGAUCACAAACUAUGCGAUAUCAGAAAAAAGCGAUGUUUAUAGCUUUGGAAUGGUCUUGCUUGAGAUCAUUGGUGGGAGAAAGAAUUUUGAUCCAGGAGAGAGUUCUGAGAAAGCUCAUUUUCCUUCAUAUGCUUUCAAAAAAAUGGAGGAGGGCAAGCUGAAGGAAGUUUUUGAUGCCAAGCUAAAAGUUAAUGACAGGGACCAGAGAGUGGAGACAGCAAUUAAGGUUGCUCUAUGGUGCAUCCAAGAGGACUUGUCUUUGAGACCAUCGAUGACAAAAGUUGUUCAAAUGCUUGAAGGCCUGUUAGAUGUCCCUCAACCUCCAAUUUCCUCCCAGAUGGGCUUUCGGCUUUAUGCUAAUGUGUUCAAGUCGACAAGUGAAGAAGGCACAUCUUCAGGACCAUCAGACUGCAACAGUGAUGCAUUUCUUUCAGCUGUUCGCCUCUCUGGGCCAAGGUAACUAAAGUUUAUACCUUGCUGAGGUUCAGUAGACUGGUGCCAGCUUUUUCUAGAUUUUUUUUUCUAUUUUAAAUCAUUUGUUCAUAUGAUGUAUGUAUGUCAAAAGAAUAGUGAAUCAUAGAGUUAAUAAUUUGAAGUCUUGAUUAAUGAAAAUAGAUUUUUAUUA